AUGAACUCCACUUCAGACAUGGACCUCCCUAUUACCGACGAUGAUGGAUCGGAUCUUCAUUGCAUGGAUGAGGAGGAGAAGACACAAGAGGAGGAUGACUACAUAGAAGACGCUGAGAUAAACGAGACUGACUAUAAGAUCUCAUCCGAGGAGCAGCAGCACUACACAGUUUUGACCGAAUCUGACAUCAAGCGACUUCAAGACGAGGACAUCAACCAGGUUUCCUGCGUUCUCUUCGUACCAAGAACUGCUGCUUGCCUUUUGCUUGUCCACCAUGAGUGGAGUGUGGUCAAAGUGCACGAAGCAUGGUUCAACAAUGAAGAAAAAGUUCGCAAAGUUGUAGGGUUAAUGCAGCAUGAAGCCCUGCAGGUAGGCUUUCCCAACUCAAAAACCCUCCAAUGUGAGAUAUGCUUAAAUGUGGUUUCUGGGGAUAAGGUUAGAUCAGCUGGUUGUGGCCAUCUAUAUUGCAUGGUUUGCUGGAAACUAUACGUUGAUGUAAGCAUCGACGCCGGCCCUGAAAGGUGCUUGAAACUUAGAUGCCCCCGACCCAAUUGUGAUAUAUCUGUGGGCGGAGACAUGAUCUUCGAAUUGGCAAGUGGGUCAAGGAGGAACAGGUACGAUUGUUUUCUGCUCCGAUCUUACGUUGAAAACAACAAGAAGAUGAAGUGGUGUCCUGCUCCAGCGUGUGAGUAUGCUGUGAUCUAUGAACCGGACGGUGUUAGAACCAAUUCAGAUGUUACCUGUCUUUGCUGUCACUCCUUUUGUUGGAGUUGUGGAGAAGAAGCUCAUAGCCCCUUGGAUUGUGAAACCGCAAAACACUGGAUCAUGAAGAAUGAUUCCGAAUCAUCUGGGAACGCUGCUUGGAUUCUCACCAACACCAAACCGUGUCCUUACUGCAAGAAACCCAUUGAGAAAGAUGAAGGGUGCAUGCUCAUGGAGUGCAAGUGCGGGUUUCAUUUUUGCUGGCUAUGUCUUCGAGAGUGGGCCAAGUGCGGGUGUAGCCGCAAUCAUGUAGCGGACGAAGAUAAUAACAAGAAGGAAGUGAAGAGAAAGGUGGUGAGGGAUUAUUUGAGGAACUACAACCAGUACUAUGAGGGAUGGAGAAGGAAUGAUUUCUCAAGAAAAAUUGCGGUGAGGCAAAUGAGGGAGGUGAUGAAUAGCGGAUAUAAAAUGAAACUGGGUAUGCUAUAUGGAAGAGCAGAAGAUGAAUUUGUGUUCAUAGAGGUGGCAUGGAAAGCGGUGGUGGAGUGUGAGCGAGUGCUGAAAUGGAGCCAUCCCUAUGGUUACUACCUGCCUCCCAGAGAGGAAGCCAAAAGAGAAUAUUACGAGUACAACCAACGCCAGGCUGAGACUGUUUUGCGGAAGCUAAAACACUGCGUUGAAAUGGAACUGCAGGUGUUCCUCAAUGGUAAUGAGCCAAUUGAAAGAUUUGAUAGUUUGCGCUUGAAGGUAGUGGAACUUACCCGUAUCACCAAGACCUAUUUUCAGAACUUUGUGUCUGCACUGGAGAAAGGGCUGGAAGAAGUGCAGGUUAGCAGAUAUCGUCCUCGGAAAAGAGUGGAGAUGAUGGAGACGGGGGAGAGCUCAAGCGCAAAGAAAAAGAGAAUCAAAACCGAUUCUAUUUAG